AUGGCGGACGUCGUGCGGUGCUUUGGAAAAAUACAUGCUGCCUUUGUUGCCAGUGCAUACGCUUCUCAUCUAGUCCCAGUGGUGGAGAAGCGAUGGGCGAACUGUGAGCAACCGCUGAUGCUUCUCGCUUUCGCAUUGCACCCGCUCUACGUGACCCAUACGCGUGCCUUAAUCCAAGCUCACGACAAUACUGUCAUUUUAAUGUCAGUAGACGGCGUCUCCGCUGCUGCUGACUAUUACUAUCGCCGCUAUGUUGAUCUCAACAGCAACGGACUCGUAGGUGAUGUCGACAAGUGGUUGCGUGGCAAAUUUACCCCGAAAAAGCACACUGACUUCACUGACCAGGCCGGUGUCCUUCAACCGAAUGGGCUAAAGUUUGAUAAAGCUCGACUCAUCGGCAUCAUUCGAAAUGAGGUCCGCGAGCGCAAUCGUCGGGAAAGUGAUAUCGGCGAGUGUAGAAGACAGAAGAAGCCUGUUAACCCUGCAGAGAGACCAAAACAGCAGAUGCACGGAGUUUCCGAUCCUGCAACCUUGCUGUCCACUCUGGCUGACGUUACUGAUGUCGACUACAUGGAGACUGUUGGAGCAGUGGACUUCUGGUUGGACGCCAUCGUCGAUCUAGAAGACGAUGGAGAAAAUAUUGUGAAUAACGUCGGUGACGAUGAAUGGUAUGUUUACGACCCAGAGCUGGAGCCAGUUCCUGUAGCUAACCGAAGCCAAGAGCUUCCGGAUGAAGUAUUCCAUCGUAUCCGCAGGGAAAGCUCUUGA